CAAAGCCCAAAUACAUGCCUGCAUUUCAAUUGUGUGUCGCAGCUAGUUGCACAGAGGUUCACAUUAGGGGGAGAUCGGACUACGUAGGUGAACAGUCGCUGAUCGUGUCUUCGCUGACAACAGCAGGUGGCCACGUUGCUCUGGUAACCCCCAGGUAAGAUGUCUCAUCGGAGUGGGCAGGAGGACCCGGAGCGGUACCUGUUUGUGGACCGGGCCGUGGUUUACAACCCGGCCUCGCAGGCCGACUGGACGGCCAAGAAGCUGGUGUGGAUCCCCUCAGAGCGCCAUGGCUUUGAGGCGGCCAGCAUCCGGGAGGAGAGGGGCGAGGAGGUCCUGGUGGAGCUGGCGGAGAACGGGAAGAAGGCGGUGGUGAACAAGGACGACAUCCAGAAGAUGAACCCGCCCAAGUUCAGCAAAGUGGAGGACAUGGCCGAGCUCACCUGCCUGAACGAGGCGUCCGUGCUGCACAACCUGAAGGACCGCUACUACUCCGGACUCAUAUAUACAUACUCUGGCCUGUUCUGUGUGGUCAUCAAUCCCUACAAGAACCUGCCCAUCUAUUCAGAGAACAUCAUUGAGAUGUACAGAGGGAAGAAGAGGCACGAGAUGCCGCCACACAUCUACGCCAUCUCUGAGUCGGCAUACCGCUGCAUGCUCCAAGAUCGUGAGGACCAAUCCAUCCUUUGCACAGGUGAAUCAGGCGCUGGAAAGACAGAGAACACCAAGAAGGUCAUCCAGUACCUGGCCCACGUUGCCUCCUCACACAAAGGACGCAAAGACCACAACAUUCCUGGUGAGCUGGAACGCCAGCUCCUUCAAGCGAACCCCAUCCUCGAGUCCUUUGGCAACGCCAAGACAGUGAAGAAUGACAACUCGUCUCGCUUUGGGAAGUUCAUCAGAAUCAACUUUGACGUCACAGGCUACAUCGUUGGGGCCAACAUUGAAACCUACCUUCUGGAGAAGUCGAGGGCCAUCAGGCAGGCCAAAGAUGAGAGGACCUUCCACAUCUUCUACCAGCUGCUGGCUGGAGCUGGGGAGCAUCUCCGAACGGACCUGCUGCUCGAGGGCUUCAACAACUACCGCUUCCUGUCCAACGGUAACAUUCCCAUCCCUGGCCAGCAGGACAAGGAGAAUUUCCAGGAGACCAUGGAGGCCAUGCACAUCAUGAGCUUCUCACACGACGAGAUUGUCUGCAUGUUGAAGGUGGUUUCUGCAGUGUUGCAGUUCGGGAACAUCGUCUUUAAGAAGGAGAGGAACACUGAUCAGGCCUCCAUGCCCGAGAACACAGCGGCCCAGAAGUUGUGCCACCUGCUAGGGAUGAAUGUGAUGGAGUUCACUAGAGCCAUCCUCUCCCCGAGGAUCAAAGUAGGACGAGACUACGUCCAGAAGGCACAGACCAAAGAACAGGCGGACUUUGCCAUUGAGGCCCUGGCUAAGGCAACAUAUGAACGUCUGUUCCGCUGGCUGGUCCACCGCAUCAACAAAGCUCUGGACAGGACCAAACGCCAGGGGGCCUCCUUCAUCGGCAUCCUGGAUAUAGCUGGCUUUGAGAUCUUUGAGCUGAACUCGUUUGAGCAGCUGUGCAUCAACUACACCAACGAGAAGCUGCAGCAGCUGUUCAACCACACCAUGUUCAUCCUGGAGCAGGAGGAGUACCAGAGGGAGGGCAUCGAGUGGAGCUUCAUCGAUUUCGGCCUCGACCUGCAGCCCUGCAUCGACCUCAUCGAGAGGCCGACCAACCCGCCUGGUAUUCUGGCUCUGCUGGAUGAGGAGUGCUGGUUCCCCAAGGCCACAGACAAGACGUUUGUGGACAAGGUGCUGCAGGAGCAAGGAACGCACGCCAAGUUCCAGAAACCACGUCAGCUAAAGGACAAAGCUGACUUCUGCAUCAUCCACUAUGCAGGGAGGGUGGACUACAAAGCUGACGAGUGGCUAAUGAAGAACAUGGACCCCCUGAAUGACAACGUGGCCACGCUGCUGCACCAGUCAGCCGACAAGUUUGUGGCUGAGCUCUGGAAAGAUGUUGACCGAAUCGUGGGUCUGGACCAGGUCGCAGGGAUGAACGAGACGGCGUUCGGUGCCGCCUACAAGACCAAGAAGGGCAUGUUCCGCACAGUGGGCCAGCUGUACAAGGAGCAGCUGUCGAAGCUGAUGGCCACUCUGAGGAACACCAACCCCAACUUUGUCCGCUGCAUCAUCCCCAACCACGAGAAGAGGGCUGGUAAACUGGACCCACAUUUGGUUUUGGAUCAGCUGAGGUGUAAUGGUGUUUUGGAGGGGAUCCGUAUCUGCAGACAGGGCUUCCCCAACCGCAUCGUCUUCCAGGAGUUCAGACAGAGGUAUGAGAUCCUCACUCCCAAUGCCAUUCCCAAGGGCUUCAUGGAUGGCAAGCAGGCCUGUGAGAGAAUGAUCCGAGCCCUGGAGUUAGAUUCCAACCUGUUCCGCAUUGGCCAGAGUAAGAUCUUCUUCAGGGCCGGUGUCCUGGCCCACCUGGAGGAGGAGAGAGACCUGAAGAUCACCGACAUCAUAAUCUACUUCCAGGCUGUCUGUCGAGGAUAUUUGGCACGCAAGGCCUUUGCUAAGAAGCAGCAGCAGCUGAGUGCCUUGAAGGUUCUGCAGAGGAACUGUGCAGCCUACCUGAAGCUGCGUCACUGGCAGUGGUGGAGGCUCUUCACCAAGGUGAAGCCCCUGCUGCAGGUGACCAGGCAGGAGGAGGAGAUGCAGGCGAAGGACGAGGAGCUGAUCAAGGUGAAAGAGAAGCAGAGCAAAGUGGAGGGAGAGCUGGUCGAGAUGGAGCGGAAACACCAGCAGCUAAUGGAAGAGAAGAACAUCUUGGCGGAGCAGCUGCAGGCAGAGACAGAGCUGUUUGCCGAGGCUGAGGAGAUGAGAGCCCGUCUGGCUGCCAAGAAGCAGGAGCUGGAGGAGAUCCUCCAUGACCUGGAGUCCAGGGUGGAGGAAGAGGAGGAGAGGAACCAGAGCCUGCAGAAUGAGAAGAAGAAGAUGCAGUCCCACAUCCAGGACCUGGAAGAGCAGCUGGAUGAGGAGGAGGCUGCCAGGCAGAAGCUGCAGCUGGAGAAAGUGACAGCUGAGGCCAAAAUGAAGAAGUAUGAAGAAGACAUUUUGCUGCUGGAGGACCAGAACUCCAAGUUCCUCAAGGAGAAGAAGCUGAUGGAGGACCGCAUCAACGAGAUGACCUCGGUGCUGGCCGAGGAAGAAGAGAAAGCCAAGAACCUGGGCAAAGCCAAGAACAAGCAGGAGAUGAUGAUGGUUGAUCUGGAGGAACGUCUGAAGAAGGAGGAGAAGACCCGUCAGGAGCUAGAGAAGGCAAAGAGGAAGCUGGACGGCGAGACAUCGGACUUCCAGGACCAGAUAGCCGAACUGCAGGCCCAGAUAGAGGAGCUGAAAGUUCAGCUGGCCAAGAAGGAAGAGGAGCUACAGGCACUACAGGCUAGGGGUGAAGAUGAGGUGAGCCAGAAGAACAACGCUCUGAAGCAGGUGAGGGAGCUGCAGGCCCAGCUGUCUGAGCUGCAGGAGGACCUCGAGUCGGAGAAACAGGCCAGGAACAAGGCCGAGAAACUCAAAAGGGACCUGAGUGAAGAGCUGGAGGCCCUGAAGACCGAACUGGAGGACACCCUGGAUACCACCGCCGCCCAGCAGGAGCUCAGGACCAAGCGUGAGCAGGAGGUAGCGGAGCUGAAGAAGGCCAUCGAUGAGGAGACAAAGAACCAUGAGGCUCAGAUCCAGGAGAUGAGACAGAGGCACGCCACCGCGCUGGAGGAGCUGUCUGAGCAGCUGGAGCAGGCCAAGAGGUUCAAAGCUAACCUGGAGAAGACCAAGCAGAGCCAGGAGACCGCCAACAAGGAGCUGGCCAGCGAGGUGAAGGGUCUGCAGCAGGCGAAGACCGAGUCCGAACACAAGAGGAAGAAACUGGAGGCUCAGCUGCAGGAGUUCAUGGCCAGAGUCACCGAAGGAGAGAGGACCAAGGGGGAAUUAGCCGACCGUUCACACAAACUGCAGACUGAGUUGGAUAACGUGUCUGCCCUGCUGGAGGAUGCAGAGAGGAAGGGGAUCAAGAUGGCCAAGGAUGCCGCGGGGUUGGAGAGUCAGCUACAAGACACACAGGAGCUGCUCCAAGAGGAGACCCGUCAGAAACUGAACCUGAGCAGCCGUAUCCGCCAGCUGGAGGAGGAGAAGAACGCUCUGCAGGAGCAGCAGGAGGAGGACGAGGAGGCACGCAAGAACCUGGAGAAACAGAUCCUGACACUACAGGCCCAGCUGUCAGACAGCAAGAAGAAGCUGGAGGAUGAUGUUGGAAUGAUGGAUGGCCUGGAGGAAGCCAAGAAGAAGCUGCAGAAGGACAUGGAGCUGGCCAGCCAGCGUCUGGAGGAGAAGACCAUCGCCUUCGAGAAGAUGGAGAAGACCAAGACACGUCUGCAGCAGGAGCUGGACGAUCUGACUGUGGACCUGGAUCACCAGAGGCAGAUCGUCUCCAACCUGGAGAAGAAGCAGAAGAAGUUUGACCAGAUGCUGGCAGAGGAGAAGAGCAUCUCAGCUCGUUAUGCUGAGGAGCGUGACCGAGCUGAAGCCGAGGCCAGGGAGAAGGAGACCAAGGCUCUGUCCAUGACCAGAGCUCUGGACGAGGCCCUAGAGGCAAAGGAGGAGCUGGAGAGGAUCAACAAGCAGCUGCGUGCUGAAAUGGAGGAUCUGAUGAGCUCCAAGGACGACGUGGGCAAGAACGUCCAUGAGCUGGAGAAGUCCAAGCGGACUCUGGAGCAGCAGCUAGAGGAGAUGAGGACCCAGCUGGAGGAGCUGGAGGACGAGCUGCAGGCCACCGAGGAUGCCAAGCUGCGCCUGGAGGUCAACAUGCAGGCCAUGAAGGCCCAGUAUGAGAGGGACCUGCAGGGCCGUGACGACCAGAAUGACGAGAAGAAGAGGGCGCUGGUCAAACAGGUGCGAGAGAUGGAAGCAGAGCUGGAGGAUGAGAGGAAGCAGAGAGCUCUGGCAGUAGCUGCUAAGAAGAAGCUGGAAAUGGAUCUGAAGGAUAUUGAGGGUCAGAUAGAAGGAGCCAACAAGGCUAGAGACGAGGCCAUCAAACAGCUGCGCAAGUUACAAGCCCAAAUGAAAGACUAUCAGAGGGAGCUGGAGGAUGCCCGAGCCUCCAGAGAUGAGAUUUUUGCUCAGUCUAAGGAGAACGAGAAGAAACUCAAGAGUCUUGAGGCUGAGAUUCUGCAACUGCAUGAGGACCUGGCAGCAUCUGAGAGGGGUCGUCGCCAUGCAGAACAGGAGCGGGAUGAGCUGCAAGAUGAAAUCUCCAACAGCACCUCUGGAAAGUCUGCUCUGAUGGAUGAGAAGAGGAGGCUGGAAGCUCGUAUCGCCCAGCUGGAGGAGGAGCUGGAAGAGGAGCAGGGUAACAUGGAGCUGCUCAAUGACCGCUUCAGAAAGACAACCAUGCAGGUGGACACGCUGACCACAGAGCUGAGCGGCGAGCGCAGCGCAGCCCAGAAGAGUGAGAAUGCUCGGCAGCAACUGGAGCGGCAGAACAAGGAGCUGCGGGCCAAGCUGGGCGAGUUGGAGGGCUCAGUGAAGAGUAGGUUCAAGGCCUCCAUCACUGCCCUGGAGGCCAAGAUAGCACAGCUGGAGGAGCAGCUGGAACAGGAGGCCAAGGAGCGAGCAGCAGCCAAUAAGAUCGUGAGAAGGACAGAGAAGAAACUGAAGGAAGUCUGCAUGCAGGUGGAGGAUGAGCGCCGCCAUGCUGACCAGUUCAAAGAACAAAUGGAAAAGGCCAACUCUCGUAUGAAGCAGCUGAAGCGUCAGCUGGAGGAGGCAGAGGAGGAGGCCACCAGGGCCAACGCCUCACGCAGAAAACUGCAGAGAGAGCUGGACGAUGCCACUGAGGCUAGCGAGGGCCUGAGCCGGGAGGUCAACACACUCAAGAGCCGCCUUAGACGUGGUGGUCCCAUCAGUUUCUCCUCCAGCCGCUCAGGCAGGCGUCAGCUGCAGGUGGAGGGACCUUCCCUGGACCUUGUGUCUGAUGAUGAGCUGGAGAACAAGAUCACAGACAACAAUGCCAAUGAGACACCAGCGCCCCAGCCUGAGUAGUACAGCUGAAGGCCCCUCGCCUCAAGCCCUCAUUGUUCUUCCCACCGCUUAUUCCACCCUCUUCCUGCCUCAUCAGAAAACCCCAGACCCUCCAAGCCUGAUUAGGGACCCUCUUCUCGCCCCUCUGCCCUUCUCCAAAAACCAAUUAGAGGCCUCUACAACCCCAUCCUGGAUAGACGUUUCCUUCCUGCCCUAACAUGCAGUAUGACCCAAGCAAGGAUCCCACUACCCUAAUCCCAACGUUUCCCGCUUUACCUCUCAACUCAAAACUUUAGCAGACACCAGCAAUGACCCCGCCACCCCUACCCACCCACUCCUCCUUAGUACUCCAGUUGAGGUUGUGAGAACCACUACUCUGCCUUACCCUUCUUAGUCAAGCUGCAGGGCUGUGUAAUAGCAACUUCCGUCAUGCUUUGAGUAUGGGCUGCUUCAGUAUCCUACCUGGGACUCAUUUUAAACUGUAUCCCAGAUACAAUAUGCACAGAAAAUUGUACAUGAACAAAGCGUAUGCGCUAAUGUGGGCACCAAAAAUGGACAGAUAAGCAUAAUACUCCCAGUUCCCUCAAGCACUAUUAACAUCAAGUAGACCUUUUUUGACUAAGUUGGUCUAUCCUGUUCAGUGAUUGCACAUGUAUCUAUAUGAGCAUGUGUCUCUGAUGAUUGUAGAUAUUUGGACCAGAAUUCAGGUGUUCGAAAUAGUUUCAAAUGCUAAAAUGAUAGCAUAGCAAUAUUUCAGAGGAGCAGGUCAUGAUGAAGGCGCACGACCUUCAGACUUCUUUCUUCAUCAAUCCACAGUAAAUGCUCAGCAUAUAAAUCAGUUUAGUUGUGUUAGUUAAAUUGUAAGUGAAAAAAGGUCGUUUUUUUUUUUUUUUUUUCAGUUGUGUGCUAGGAUUGUUUGCUUGCAGAUGUAUAGGGAAUGACACUGUAAAUUGCCUUGUUGCCUCAGUGCUAGAGAACGUUCCACUUUUCACCAGUAUCGCUAUCUAAAACUUAUUUGACAUUGGGUCAGUCUUGACUCGUAAUUACUUUUUGUACAAUUACCAUGCACCUAAUCUUACAGCGAACUUCAGUCAAUCACAUGCCAUAAUAUGGUUUUUCUUGAGUCCCAGUUUCAUUAUAUUUAGGUAGUUUUAGUUAUCUGAUGAACUGAAAUCGAUUCAUUGGCAGAAAAUACUCAACAUAUGUCCAGUAUUUUAUGUCCACAUAUCAAAGCUCAUUUAGCAAGGGCGAGAAUGGGUGCCACAGAGUAUGAAUGCAAAGUAUUCAGACUUCUUUGAGGCAGUGACCCUAACUGUUGUUGGAAGCUCAAUGAUGUAAUGAUUAUCCUGUUAGAAUCUGAAUAUGUCUCUCUGUAAUUCUCCUUAUUCAAUGAUGCUUUCUGUACCAUGUACAAUAUGCUUAACUCUAAAUUUCUUUGGCCAUUUGUGUCUUUAUAUUGUAUCCAUACUUAUCAAAUGCCUGAAAUAAUAUGAAGCGAACAUGAUUUACAGAUAGGUAAUGAAUGUUUAAUCAUUAUUUUAUUAAGUUUUAAUUAGUGCUAUAAAAUGGUUUUUAAUGCGGUCCACACGGAUCCACGUGGAUCAGUUGAAGUGUGAACAUUGAGGUGAAUGUGUUAUACUGUACAUGUUAAUUACAAAACAUGAUGUUACCAUUUUGUAAAUUGUGUGCCACAUAUUUGCGGCCUUUUCCUUUUUAUGUAAGUGAAAAUUAAAAAAAAAAAAAAUUAAAAAGUUAAGAGCAGGUUUUGCAAACGUCUCUAGAAAGUGCCUUAGCCGUUACUUAAGACAGCAGAUAGGAGGUUGGACACAGAAACAACACAUUAAUACCUGUGUAGAUUGAAACUGAAAAGCGACAAUAGUCUUUGAGAUGUUGAGAACCAAUUCGUUAACCUUAGCUAUGUGUCAUGAUAUCAUACCACAUGCACAUCUCACAUUUGUCAGCAUUUUAAUGGACAGUUCAUUGGUAUGAAUCAGUGUUAAAUUGAAGCUGCCCCGGGCUGUGGUCUGGUGGUUUGGCUUGUGUUUGUAUUGUAUGGAGAUUAGUUUGAGGAUACGCUGAUUCUUUAUCAUAGGAUAAAUUCUGUAUUAUCUAUGAAGCUUUCUAGAAUGGGGGUUUGACUGGGUUCAAAGCUUUAACAUCCAUAUAAGGUUGUUAUUCGUAUUACUGGCUGUUGACAACCAGGUAUUAUUCGUCAUCUCCUUUUAUUUUCUUGUAUUCCUGUAUUUCUAGACAUUUUUUGUAAAAGACCAAUAAACAUAUUCAUAUAGAAA